AUGGCGACCGCAACUUCGACUCCGGCCGGACAGAGAAUAAGCACCCGCACCAGUGCCGCCAGCACUCCACUUAGCCCCACGCGGAUAUCCCGGCUUCAGGAGAAAGAGGAACUAAGCAACCUGAACGACCGGCUGGCCGUUUACAUCGACAAGGUCCGCAGCCUCGAGUCCGAGAACAGCGUUCUCCACCUGCAGAUCUCGGAGAAGGAGGAGGUGAGGAGCCGCGAGCUCACGGGCUUAAAAUCACUGUACGAGACCGAGCUCGCCGACACCAGGAGAUCCCUCGAUGACACCGCCAAGGAGCGCGCGAGGCUGCAGAUCGAACUGGGAAAGCUCAGGACCGAGCACGAGCAGCUGCUGCAAAGCUGUGCCAAGAAGGAUGCGGACCUUUCUGGAAAUCAGGCCCGGCUCAGGGACACGGAGGCCUCCCUCAACAGCAAGGAGGCGGCCCUGACGACCGCUCUGUCGGAGAGGAGCGCCCUGGAGGCCAGCCUGGCCGACCUGCAGGACCAGCUGUCCGAGCUGGACGCGGGCCUGGCCGCCGCGAAGAAGCAGCUGGGGGAGGAGACUCUUCUGCGCGUGGACCUGGAGAACCGCUGCCAGAGCCUGUCCGAGGAGCUGGAGUUCAGGAAGAACAUGUUCGAGGAGGAGCUGAAGGACACGCGGCACAGGCACGAGACCCGGCUGGUGGAGGUGGACUCCGGGCGGCAGGUGGAGUUUGAGUUCAAGCUGGCCCAGGCGCUGACCGACAUCCGUCAGCAGCACGACCAGCAGGUGCAGCUGUACAAGGACGAGAUGGAGCAGACUUAUGCCGCCAAGCUGGAGAACGCGCGGCUGGCCUCCGAGAUGAACAACUCGUCCGCCGGCAUGGCCCGGGAGGAGCUGCGGGAGUCGCGGCUUCGCGUGGAGAGCCUGGCAGCGCAGCUGGCCAGCCUGCAGAAGGAGACCCGUGGGUGGCAGGACCGCAUCAUCGAGCUGGAGGCGGCGCUGGCACAGGAGCGCGAUGCCAGCCGGCGCUCGCUGGCAGAGAAGGAGAUGGAGAUCAGUGAGAUCCGCGCCAAGAUGCAGCAGCAGCUGGACGAGUACGAGCAGCUGCUGGACGUCAAGCUGGCGCUGGACAUGGAGAUCAACGCCUACCGGAAGCUUCUGGAGGGAGAGGAGGAGAGGCUGAAGCUGUCUCCCAGCCCCUCCUCGCGCGUCACAGUGUCCCGAGCCUCGUCCAGCCGCAGUGUGCGGACCACGCGGGGCAAGCGUAAGCGCGUGGACGUGGAGGAGUCGGAGGCCAGCAGCAGCGUCAGCAUCGCACACUCCGCCUCCGCCACCGGCAACGUCUGCAUCCACGAGCUGGACGUAGACGGGAAGUUCAUCUGCCUCAGCAACAACUCCGAGCAGGAUCAGCCAAUGGGAGGCUUCGAGAUGACCAGGACCAUUGGGGACUCCUCCGCCACCUACAAGUUCACCCCAAAAUACGUGCUGAGGGCGGGGCAGAAAGUCACGAUCUGGGCCUCCAAUGCGGGUGUGAGCUCCAGUCCUCCCACGGACCUGAUCUGGAAGAACCAGAGCUCCUGGGGAACAGGGGAGGACAUUCAGGUGGUCCUGAAGAACCCACAGGGAGAGGAGGUGGCCCAGAGGACCACCGUGUUCAAGACUGUCACAGAAGAGGAGCUGGGCGAGGAAGAGGAGGAGGACGAAGGGGUAGAGGUCAUCGAGGAGGAACCCUUUCUCCAGCCGGGUGAUCCCCGGGGGGCUAAACGAGGCUGCUCCAUCAUGUGAUGAAGUUCUGCCCCCCCCCCCCCCACCUGUCUACUCCAGGGAGCCCCACAUUCAGCUAAACAAGACUGCUUCGUGUGGACCCCCCCAGCCCACCCUCCCCCACCCAAACCACUUUUCAACUGCCAACUCAGAACUACUCAGAACUAUUUUUGUAUUUUUUAUUUUUUAUUUUCAGUUUGUAUUUUAUGCAGCUGGUGUGAAUCAAAAUUUUUUUAACAGUUUAAAAUGCAGAUGAUUUUGUAAACCACUUUUGAAACACUUGUGAAAUCAAACAUUACUGAUUUUUUUUGUAUGAAUCUUGUGUGAAUGGAGGUCCUGUUUUAGUAGCAGGGAGGCUGACAUUGCAUCAGCAGUGCAGCCUUCAACCUAGGCCACACCUCCAGGUGCUGUGAUGCUUUUUCCAUGUACGACAUCUGUAUCCUGAUUUUAUUUUAUUUUUAAUAGCAUUUUGAAAAACUUCUUUAUAGUAAGCAUUUUAUAGCAGGUUAUUUUUCUUCUAAAUAUAGUUUAGAUGACAGGGUGUUGGAAUUUAGAUUAUACUUUUAUGUAAAACAAACAAUAAAGUUUCAAAUUUGAAUAA